UGGUUCCUAUCUUAGCUUCUUGUCUCUCUUCUAUUUUUGGAUUAUUUGCAUUUUCAUGCAAAUUUUGCUCCUAUUGUUUAGCUAUGGAGAUAGGAUCUGUAAGCCAUGAGAAGGCUGGUUGUUUCACCAAUGGAUUGAUGUGGUUUAAGUCCUUGCCUGGAAAAUUAUUUGCUAAGCUAGUUGAAAUUGCUAAGCAAACCAAGAAAAUUGGCAAAGAUGAUCCAAGAAGAGUGAUUCACUCACUUAAAGUUGGAUUGGCACUAACUUUGGUUUCAUUAUUCUACUACUUCCAAGCCCUUUAUAAUAAUUUUGGCGUUUCCGCAAUGUGGGCUAUAAUGACUGUUGUCGUUGUCUUCGAGUUUUCUGUUGGUGCAACACUUGGAAAAGGGUUAAAUAGGGGAAUGGCAACCUUGCUAGCUGGUGCACUAGGGGUUGGAGCACAUUAUUUGGCUAGUGCAACUGGUAAAGUUGCGGAGCCAAUACUUCUUGGGCUAUUUGUCUUUUUACAAGCAUUUACGUCAACUUUCAUAAGAUUCUUCCCUCAAGUGAAGGCCAGAUAUGAUUAUGGGAUGCUAAUUUUCAUUUUGACAUUUUGUUUGGUUUCAAUAUCUGGUUUCCGAGUGGGUGAAAUAGUGGAUAUGGCUCAUAAAAGACUGUCCACUAUACUCAUUGGUGCCUCUGUUUGUGUUAUUGUCUCAAUCUUUGUUUGCCCUGUCUGGGCUGGUGAAGAUCUCCACCAAUUAGUGGCUCAAAAUAUGGAGAAGCUUGGCAAGUUCUUAGAAGGAUUUGGAGAAGAAAUUUCUAAAUCAACAGAGGGUGAAGAAUCAAAAGAUGCUAAAACAUACAUGGCCGAGUACAAAGGUGUUCUCAAUUCAAAGAAUGCUGAAGAAAUUUUGGCUAAUUUUGCAAGAUGGGAGCCAGGGCACGGGCAAUUUAAGUAUAGACAUCCAUGGAAACAGUACUUGAAAAUUGGAAGUCUGACUAGGCAAUGUGCUUGCAGGGUUGACGCACUCAAUGGCUAUAUCAACUCUGAAAUCAAAGCACCAGAAGAGAUCAAGGAAAUAACAACAAAAAUGAGCAUAGAAUCUGGGAAAGCACUAAAAGAACUAGCACGUUCUAUAAAAACAAUGACUUCUCCCUUGUCAGCUAAUAAACAUGUCUCAAACGCCAAAACAGCAGCCAAGAACCUCAAAUCACUUCUCAUAUCAGGCUUCUGGGAAGAUAUUAACUUACUAGAAGUCAUUCCAGUGGCUGCAGUUGCAUCAAUACUAACCGAUAUCGUCAUUUGUGUCGAAGAAAUUGCAGAAGCUGUUAAUGAGCUUGCUUCUUUAGCUCAUUUUAGCAGCAAAGAUACAAAGGUAGAUUCAUCAAAAGAAUCCAAUAUUGAAGCAACACAAAGCAGAAAAAUACAUGCUUGUUCUCAACAUGUUGUUCUUACUAUUCAGGAGGGUGCACAAGUACAAUCUUCAGUUCAACUAACAGACCAGAAUAUGAAAUUGUGACGUGUAUUGUAAAUAAUUACUUACUUAAUUGGUUAAUUCACGCACUCCCAUUUAUUUUUCUAAAAAAAGAGUUGGGAUGUGACAGGAGUCCCACCAUUUUGUGUGAUCAGAGUCAUAAAAAAUUCUGUUAUAAAAGUUGAACUACUCUAUGGUUUUCUAACUUUUCAUCAUCAUUCACUUUUUUGUUGAGUACAUUUUCUUGUGGUAGUACUUCAUGAAGAUAUUCAAGUGACUCAUGAAGUACAUUAAGUUGUACCAUCUGAAUAUAUAUAUUCAAUUAGAGAAAUUGUAGCCA